AGCAGAGCACAACUGUGGACGUCCCGUGGCUGAUGAAACUCCUCCGGUAAAUUUUGGCGAGCCGGACAGGAGAGGCUGAAGUGGCGAAAAUAGAUUUAGCCUCCCAGGAAGGGUCUUGUGGCACCCCGCCCUGCCCCGCAGAUGGUGCUCAGCCUGGCCAUGGACUCCAGAGAGGAAUGGGACGGCUGGAUGGAGGAGCAGUGGGAGAAAUGGUUGACUCAUGACAUCAGUCUGGAUGAAUAUGAGGAUGAUGAUCUGUCUGAAGUGACUGAAAUCACGGAUGAAAACGGAAUUACACUCGGCCACCUCGACAUUCAAGAUCACAUGACGCGGCCGGCCAAUGGCGCGGCGAGGAGCGGCCGGAGGAGGGAGGCGGUGGAGCUGCAGGCUGAGAUGCUCCACUUGGACCUGAUUGAUGCAGAGGGAGGAAUUCAGGAAGAAGAGCGGGACGACAGGCGGCCUUUUGAUGCCAUCGAUGACAACCAUAAGGAGGAGCGGGGCGCAGGGCCGCCUGUCAUUCUGCCACAGCUGAAAACACUCACUCCUGCUGACGAUAUGGAUACUUACCGGCCUAAAAGACCGACCACCCUCAAUCUGUUCCCCCAAGUGCCAAGGACCCAGGACACAAUAAAUAACAAUUCCUUUGGUGAGAAGGAAAGGAGGAAAGAAAAGAAAACUCAUUCUUCAUCACCACACAUUAAGGGAGAUUCGGUGGCCAAACCUGAGCAGGGGAGCCUGACCGAUGGGGACAAAGUUCAGGCCAGGGCUGACACCAAACCACGAGGCCCUGCCUCCACAAAGAACAAAGCCUCAGCCUUUCAGAAUAAGCAGCAGGACAAGUUAUCAGAGUCCUUGAACAAUCCCACCGUGGUUGCGCCCCUCACACAGACAGCCAUGAGGGACAAAUCCACAGAAGUGCCCCUGAUUGAGGGUGUCCUUGACAUUUCGACAAUUUGCAAGGAGAAGGCCCGGUAUCACACUGUAAAUGGCUAUCGGGAACAAGUGCAGUAUCCUGCGGAGAAUGAAGGUAUGUGUGAUCAGUUGGUUGACAGAAACAAGGACUAUCACAUUUCAGAGGGAAAUACCACAGAGGAGAUCCACCUCACGCCGGUCAACGGUGAACAGGAGCGACCGUUUCUGUCCCAGAGCAGCGAUAGCAACCGCAUGUCCAUUAGUUCAGACACAGAGCUUCCUCCCCUUCACUAUUACCCAUCAGCAGGCUGUCCAAACCCCUCCAUUAGUGAGGAGGAUGAGGUGUACCCUCCUACACCUCCAUGCCGGACUGUCAGCCUCAGCGAACAACCAGGAGACUCUAGCCAAUGGGCUGAAACCCGCAAACCCAAAGUGGCGAAGGACGAAACAGGGAACGUAAAGGCAGUGGCGGUCAGCACGGAUGCUUCAGGACUGACCUAUGACUCUGUUAAAUACACCCUGGUGGUGGAUGAACAUGCUAAGCUUGAGCUAGUGAGCAUUAAGGACUGCUACAAAGGUUAUGAAAGUGACAGCGAUAACACCGUCUAUGAGUCUGCCAUCGAUGAGGAUGACGAGGACCAGGAAGCUGAUGAAGAAGAUGAAGAGUCGGGGGCAAGGAGCAUGAGAAGAGACACCUCCUGUUUGUCUGCAGAUUCGACCACAGACACCACCUCAGAUGUGCCCCGUUCCCGCAAGUUUAUGAACGUUUUUGGGAAUGGACGGUCACGAUUCUCUGGUGCUGAGUUUGGAUUCUUCUCCUGCAUUAUUAAUGGAGAGGAAAGAGAACAGAGCCACAGAGCAGUGUUCAGAUUUGUUCCUCGUCAUGAUGAUGAGUUGGAGUUGGAAGCGGACGACCCAUUACUAGUGGAGGUGCAGGCUGAGGAUUUGUGGUGCGAGGCUUAUAACAUGCGCACCGGAACCAGAGGCAUCUUCCCUGCAUUCUACGCCGUCAAGGUGGCAAAGGAUGAACUCGUUAAAGAGGUCAAAGGUGACUGGAUGGACAAAUUCUGGGUGAAAUUUCUUGGUUCUGUUCAAGUGCCGUAUCACAAAGGGAACGAUGUGCUUUGUGCCGCCAUGCACAAGAUAGCAUCAAACAGACGAACAACAAUGCAGUUCAGUCCUCCUUCGCCUUGCAUAGUGGAAAUCAACACAAGAGGAUUGAAAAUCGUUGUUCAGGACGACUGCCGCACUUCUGGAAGGGGUGAGAAGUGCUUUCACUUUUUCCAGCUGAAAAACAUCUCCUUCUGCGGCUGCCAUCCCAAGAACAACAAGUAUUUUGGACUAAUAACGAAACAUCCAGCAAACCAGCGAUUCGCCUGUCAUGUGUUCUUCUCAGAUGAUACAACCACAAAACUGGCCGAAUCUGUAGGGAAAGCUUUUCAGCAAUUCUACAAAGAACAUAUGGAAUAUUCCUGUCCGACAGAAGACAUCUUCCUUGAAUGACCUUCAGUCUACUCGUAUUUUUGCAUUAUCACACAAUAUAUGAGGCAUCGCAUGAUGGUGGUUUUGAGCCUCUUCGUAAUGUGUCAUGUUGAUGAUAUAAUGUUGAUGUCUAUUUUAGACAAAUGUUCAAAUCGGCUACAGUGCAACUACUUUCACCUCGUACAAAUUGAGUAUUACUGACUGGUGUAAAGCCUUACGAAGUUUAAUAACUGAAAAAAAAAUGUUCGAUGUGACUUGUAAAAAUCAUUUCUGUGCCGAAUUUGGUUGGGAAUUCAUUUGAAGCACAAUGUUUAACGUGUUAACGAUAGAAGAAAGAACGUAAGCGGGAUCUAAAAUCAACGUUUAUCAGAAACCAAAGCUAUCUUGGCGAACGCUGUUCUUCACUCAGAACGGAUGCAAACCGUAUAAUUUAAUUGAGGCUAAUCUGUUCAUCCCAGGUUAAGGGAAGUCGAACAAUUUGCAAAUCAUAAUUAGCAUUACUUUGAACACAGUUAUAAAACUCUGAUCCAGUCACAUUUACCAAUUUUUAACACAUUUUUGAAGAUAAAAUCCAGUAAUUUCAACACAAAUACACAUAAUUGUGGAAAAGUUAUAUUCAUCAAAUUUGCCACAUUGACCAACAGUUAACUACUUGGCUCAAAUGUGACUUCUAUGUGCGCUGUGCUUUAUUCAUCACUGCACUAUUGAUAAUGGAUAAUAUUCCCGUUUCCCGCCAAAUUUCAUGACUGCACCUUUGCAGUGUCACAGUUGCUGAAGUGCUGAAUGUUAAAAUGCCCCCGUUAUGCUUUUUUAAGGUCCCUGAUUGUGUUUUUUGGUUGUAAAUGCUUUUAUUUUUCCUAAUUUAAAGCAUAUGCCUUUUCUCUUCAAGUGAAAAAACUGUACUUUCGAAAAUCUAAAUUGAGCUUUGCCUAAACUUCUACUUCUGAGAGUCUUUACUCUGCUCUGACUGGUCCAAACCCAUCACAAGGGAAACUAUUUCAACAACUUCAUAAAACAUUGGCUAUCUUGUAUGAAUUUCUACAAUCUUCUUCAAAAUAUGAAGCAUAAACCGUUUUUCUCCAAGUGUAAAAAACAGUAGUUUCAAAAAUCUAAAUUUAACUUUGCCUAAACUUCUACUUCUGAGAGUCUUUACUCUGCUCUGACUGGUCCAAACCCAUCACAAAGGAAACUAUUUGACAAUUUUAUAAAAUAGUGGCUAUCCUGUAUGAAUUUCUGCAAUCUUCUUCAAAAUAUGAAGCAUAAACCUUUUCUCUUCAAGUAAAAAAAUGAUAUUUUCGAAAAUCUAAAUUGAACUUUGCCUAAACUUCUACUUGACAUCCUUUCUCUGCUCUGAUUGGUCCAAACCCUUCACAAGGGAAACUAUUUGACAAUUUUAUAAAAUAGUGGCUAUCUUGUAUGAAUUUCUUCAAUCUUAUUCAAAAUAUGAUGCAUAAACUUUUUCUUGCCAAGUGAAAAAAAUGGUACUUUCGAAAAUCUAAACUAAACCUUGCCUAAACUCCCUCUUGACAGUCUACUCUCUGCUCUGAUUGGUCCAAAUCCAUCACAAGGGAAACUAUUUCAACAAUUUCAUAAAAUAGUGGCUAUUUUGAAUGAAUUUCUACAAUCUUAUUCAAAAUAUGAAGCAUAAACUUUUUCUCACCAAGUGAAAAAAAUGGUAUUUCAUUCAAUUUAUUUGGCUUAGUCCCUUAUUUAUCAGGGGUUGCCACAGCAGAAUGAACUGCCAACUAUUCCAGCAUAUGUUUUACCCUUCUAGCCGCAACCUAAUACUGGGAAACAAUGGUACUUUCGAAAAUCUAAAUUGAACUUUGCCUGUACUCCUACUCCUGAGAGCCUACUGUCUGCUCUGAUUGGUUCAAACCAAUCACAAGGGAAACUAUUUUACAAUUUCAUUAAAUAUUGGCGAUUUUGCAUGAAUUUAUAAUUUUUUUAGAGAGGAAAACAAUUACGAAAUCAUACAAAUUAUCUAAAAAUUUGACAAAAUUAAAUUGAUACCAUUUGCACUGAAAUCGCAUUGGAUUUAUCACAUGGUCAACUGGUAAUGUAAGGGUGGACCUUCAUGUUUUGAUUUGAUAUUUUGAUGAAUUCAAUUUCGUGUAUAAAUGAAUGAUCUGCUCAAACCCCAGUAAUGUUCUGUUUACUGCUGGAAUCAUGGGCAAGUCAUUGUGUAUCGUAGCUGUUUUAUGUUUAGGCAAAUUGGCACAAAAUCCUACAAAUUAUAUGAAUAUGAUUCAUCCACAAAUAAUUACUGAUGACAGUUUUCUACAAUAUUUUUUUUUAGUUAUUACAUUGAUAAAAGGUCAGAAAAGCAUGAUAGGGGCAUUUUAAAUCAGGUUUGUCUUUGGUGUGAUGUGUACUACAAAGUAUCGCAAAUACAAUGCUUACGUCUGUGAAUGGUUUUUGUUUUCGAUUCUCGUAUGUUUACGUGUGCUUAUAUUCCCAUAUGUUGCUCUGUUAAACAGAGUGUAAUCUGGGCCUGCUGACAUUCUGGGUCUGUAUCCAUGACAUAUGUAGCUGUGCAAACCAAAUAAUUUUAUUUUCUUUUUACAUAUUAUAUUAGAAAUCUUAUUUAUAAUUAUUACGAAAUGAAAAGAUCUUAAAGUAUAUAUUAUUCUGGCACCUGAAACAUGUAUAAGCAAAGGAUGCAACGUUGAACAAUCUGUAUAAAUGGUGCUGAGGAACACGGCUGUCUGGUAAUGAAAGGUUUGCGCUUUAUCUUUUAUUAUUUUCCUAAUACAGGAUGAAAGGUUUUAAAAGAAAAGCCUAAAAUGGAUCCAUCUUUAACAGUCCUUUCAAAAUGGCACAUCCGCACAGCAUGCGAUUUCCCGGUAUGCAAUAUUCACUAAAUGAGCAAAGUUUUAAACUGAAUAAUCAACUCACCACAUGGCACUGUGUGUGUCUAACUCUGUUUGUGAAGGUGUUUUGCUCAGUACGGCCAUUUUGAAAGGUGGUUUUCAGUUAUUAGAUCCAUCUGCAAACUGAUCCUGCAAAAUUCACGAGUUGUGCCUAUUUCAUUUGAUAUCACUGUACUUUUUUUGUUUUUGUUUUUGUUCUGUGGAAACCAUGAAAUUAAAUUCUAUUUGUAAAUGCA